AUGGCGGAAACCAAUCAUCGAGCUGAUGAUCCAAAUACCUCAUCCCAUACCGCGACAGAGAAUACACCACUCCUCUUUCCACCCAGAAAUGAUACACCUGCGAUUGAAGAAGUCUUGGUGGAUGAUGAUGGCGAUUCAACAGGAACUGAUGUCGAUCCCAAUGAAUUCGAUUUGAUGUUAUCGAGAACAACAUCAUUUACAGCUAUAGGAAUCGAACCAAUCCUCAAGAGUCCAUCUAUGCUUUCGAAGUUCCGAAUUCAUCACCAUGCCAAACGAGGAUCUCGAAAUUCAAGUCGUGUAAGCACGAGAAGGAAAUCCAUUUCUGGUUCUAUUAGGAGUAUUCGAGAAACCAUCGAGGACGAUGACGAGGAACCCAAAUCACCUUUUUAA